CGAACACACACAUUACGCCGGCAACUAAGCCCCACACGCCGGUCACCAUGUAGCUCACCUGCCCUACAUCCCGGUGUUCUUCUUCCUACAUUAACCAAUCCCAUCCCUCUAUAUAGAAUCUUUCCCUAUCCCCAUCACCCUAACAAGUUUCCCAACCACUUCCCGAUGCCAAUCGGUCGCCGUCAAGGGCCCCCCUCUGACAAAAAACCCCAAUUUUUUUUUUUUAAAUAUAUAGUUAAAUAAAUAAUUGAAAACCCCUCUUCACCGGUCGGCAAAGUGUAAAUCCUUCACCGCUUCACCGUAGUCUUUCCCUUACCCUUCUCUCUCUCUCUUUUCCUUUUCCUCUGCAGUCACCGGAAAAUCGGGUCCUCUUCCUACGAUGGAAGACGAAGAGGAUAACGAUUCCCACCCAAAAUCGCAGACGUCGUCUGACAACCAAAUAGAUCGGCAGUCAUCGCCGCCGCCACCGCCGUCGUCUUCUUCCCAGCCAGUAACGGUAGCAGCGGUGGCGCCUUCCACCCACCACCAAUCUCUAACCUUAGCCCUACCAAUCCAACCCCGGAUCCCCGGCACCGGAGGUGGCCGCGAAGACUGUUGGAGCGAAGGCGCCACAUCGACGCUAAUUGACGCUUGGGGUGAACGCUAUCUCGAGCUAAGCCGUGGAAACUUGAAGCAGAAACACUGGAAAGAAGUUGCCGACGUCGUCACUAGCCGUGAGGACUACACCAAGCCUGUCAAGACAGACAUCCAGUGCAAGAACCGAAUCGAUACUUUGAAGAAAAAGUACAAGAUCGAGAAAGCCAAGAUCUCUUCUGGAGUACCCACCAAGUGGGUAUUUUUCGAUCGCAUUGACGAGCUCAUCGGACCAGCAUCCAGGAAGAACGAAGACAACGAUGAAGACCACAAGAACAAUCGGCAUGGACACCCAUCGGGGGCUCCGCCGAAGAUCCCCGCCGUCAGGGGCGUCAGAUCGGCAAGACAGUUUCAGGUGAAGCAGCAGCAGGAUUCGGGUAACUCGGGCGAUUCCUCCGAUAGUUUACCGCCGCGAACGACUAAUGUGAACGGCAAGAGGUGGCGGAUCGAGAGAGAACCUCCGGUGGUUCGACCCAGAAGAACAGGAGGGGAGUCAGAUUCGCCGAUGAAGGAGCUGAGUCGGGCGAUUCUCAAGUUUGGGGAGGUGUAUGAGAAAGUUGAGAGAUCGAAACUGGAGCAGGUGAUGGAAAUGGAGAGGCAGAGGAUGGAGUUGACUAGAGAAUUGGAGCUUCAGAGGACGCGAUUCUUCAUGAAAACCCAGAUGGAGCUCUCUCAGCUCAAGCAUGGUAGAAGGGUUGCCGUUGGUAAUGGCCGCCAUAACAGUAACAAUGGUGGCUGAAAGCUUAACUGAGUUGACUCAACCCUUAAUUCUCCUCACAUAAACUCUUUAACCCAUUCCACAACUUAGCAUCAAAAUGGGUCAAACAAGUGAUGAUUCAGACUUCAGAGAUUGUAGUAAUUAUGAAUAGAUUGGAAAUGGAAAAUUGGGUGUAUUUAAUUUGAUGGGAUUAAUCUAUUUUAUUUCCUAAGGUGCUUUAGAGGGCUCAGGGAAAAAGCUGCUUUGUAUUCAGUGUUAGAUAUGAUCAAAAACAGUAGGAGCCAUAUGUAAGCGAACACCAGAACCAGUUGAAUUAUUAGAUUAGUCUUCAAUUCUAUCUGUUAAGAGUUCCUAAUUUGUCAUUA